AGUACUUAGAUCUUUCACAGAACUUUUUCCAAGGUCCAAUACCUACAUUUCUCCAAAACAUGACUUCUUUAAUAUCUCUUUAUCUUUUUCACAAUGAAUUGAGUGGGAGCAUUCCAGAUAGCAUCGGACAACUUUCUCAGUUAGAGAGCAUAGAUCUUUCUGACAAUCAAUUGAGUGGGAGUAUUCCAAAUAGCAUCAAACAACUUUCUAAGUUAGAGAGCAUAGAUCUUGAUGGCAAUCGAUUGAAUGGAAGUAUUCCAAAUAGCAUUGGGCAACUUUCUAAGUUAGAGAGCAUAGAUCUCUCUAGCAAUAACCUGAGUGGGAGUAUUCCAGAUAGCAUCAAGCAACUUUCUAAGUUAGAAAGCAUAGACCUCUCUGGCAAUAAAUUAAGAGGGAGUAUUCCAGAUAGCAUCAAGCAACUUUCUAAGUUAGAAAGCAUAGAUCUCUCUCACAAUCGAUUGAGUGGGAGUAUUCCAGGUAGCAUCAAGCAACUUUCUAAGUUAGAGAGUAUAGAUCUCUCUCACAACCGAUUGAGUGGGAGUAUUCCAGACAGCAUCGGACAACUUUUUCAGUUAGAGAGCAUAGAUCUUUCUCACAAUCAAUUGAGUGGGAGUAUUCCAAAUAGCAUCAGGCAACUUUCUAAGUUAGAGAGCAUAGAUCUCUCUCGCAAUCAACUCAGUGGGAGUAUUCCAGAUAGCAUCAAGCAACUUUCUCAGUUAGAGAGCAUAGAUCUUUCUCACAAUCACUUGAGUGGGAGUAUUCCAAAUAGUAUCAGACAACUUUCUAAGUUAAAGAGCAUAGAUCUUGAUGGCAAUCAAUUGAAUGGGAGUAUUCCAAAUAGCAUCGGGCAACUUUCUAAGUUAGAGAGCAUAAAUCUUUCUGGCAAUCAACUGAGUGGAAGUAUUCCAUAUGGCAUCAAGCAACUUUCUAAGUUAAAGAGCAUAGAUCUCUCUAGCAAUAAAUUGAGUGGGAGUAUUCCAGAUAGCAUCAAGCAACUUUCUAAGUUAGAAAGCAUAGAUCUCUUUAACAAUCAACUGAGUGGGAGUAUUCCAGAUAGCAUCGGACAACUUUCUCAGUUAGAAAGCGUAGAUCUUGCUCAUAAUCGAUUGAGUGGGAGUAUUCCAUUUAGUAUCAAGCAACUUUCUAAGUUAGAGAGCAUAUAUCUCUGUCGCAAUCAACUCAGUGAGAGUAUUCCAGAUAGCAUCAAGCAACUUUCUAAGUUAAAGAGCAUAGAUCUCUCUAACAAUCAAUUGAGUGGGAGUAUUCCAGAUAGCAUCGGACAACUUUUUCAGUUAGAGAGCAUAGAUCUUUCUCACAAUCAAUUGAGUGGGAGUAUUCCAAAUAGCAUCAAGCAACUUUCUAAGUUAAAGAGCAUAGAUCUUGCUGACAAUCAAUUGAGUGGGAGUAUUCUAGAUAGCAUCGUGCAACUUUCUAAGUUAGAGUAUUUAUUUCUUUCUGGCGAUCCAUUGAAUAUGAGUAUUCCAUAUAGCAUUGGGCAGCUUUCUAAGUUAAAGUGUUUAUAUCUUUCUGGAAAUCAACUGAGUGGGAGUAUUCCAGAUAGCAUUGGGCAGCUUUCUGAGUUAAGGCAGCUAUCUCUUGUUAGCAAUCAAUUGCGUGGGAGUAUUCCAGAUAGCAUUAUGCAGCUUUCUAAGUUAAUGUCUUUAGAUCUUUCUAGCAAUCAAUUAAGUGGGAGUAUUCCACAUAGCAUUGCGAAGCUUUCUAAGUUAAAGUUCUUAGAUCUUUCUAAAAAUCAAUUGAGUGGGAGUAUUCCAGAUAGCAUCGGGCAACUAUCUGAGUUAAAGCAGAUACUUCUUUCAAGCAAUCAGUUGACUGGGGGAAGGAUUCCUCCUUGUUUUGGAAAGUUUCCAAUUAUGGUGAAUGCAACACAAUUGAUGAAACGCAUUACUGAUGAUUAUUGGUCUUGGGCACAUUUGAAGGAGGUUGUGAAAGGGAGAUACCUUGAGUAUACAAGAAAAACCCUAGGACUUGAGAGUAGUAUAGAUCUUUCGAGUAACAAUCUAAUAGGAUCCAUACCAAGUGAGCUAAUUUUCCUUAAGGAUUUGCACAUUUUGAAUCUAUCUUGGAAUCAUCUCUCAGGAAAGAUCCCUGAGAAAAUUGGACAAAUGGAGAAUUUGGAAUCUCUCGAUUUCUCCCAAAAUGGCCUCUCAGGAACAAUCCCGAAUAGUAUGUCAAGUUUAACCAAGUUAAGCCACCUUAACUUGUCCUACAACAACUUGUCAGGGCCAAUUCCAACAGGCAAUCAGCUCCAAACACUUGAAGAUCCAACCAUUUAUGUCGGUAAUCCUCAACUUUGUGGAGCUCCACUCUUGAAGAAAUGCUCAAAUGAUGUGCUACCUCCCCCAACUGACAACUUGAAGGACAACGAUGAAGGUGCACUUACAAGAAUGUGGUUUUACAUCAUUGUGAUGUUAGGCUUUGCAACUGGAUUCUGGGGAGUUGUGGGAACUCUAAUUUUUGUAAAAACUUGGAGAUAUGCUUAUUUUCGAUGGGUGGAUGAUGUCCAACAUUGGAUCCUUGUGGUUAUAACAUUGAAGGUGGCAAGAGUUAAGAAGAUGUUCAAUGGCAACCCAGAUGAUCAAUGAGUAAUAUAUGAAGUAUGUUGUUGUUGCUACAUUUAUUACUAAACUAGUUCCAUAACCAGUGUUGUAAGGUAUGGUGUCAAGUCCAACUUUGAGUGGCCAAACAUUGCAUCGGUCAAUUUUAAAUGAACACAUAAGUAUUGG